CAGGACUAAAAAUAGCAAGUACCCAACAAACAUAAAUACCUUAAUAUACCAAUUCGAAAUCGAUUGUAGUUAUGGGCGACGCAGAGACUUUAAAAUUUUUGUCUGCCACUAACCUCAAAGAUGCCACCAGCUACAUAUCCACGUCUCUUACGGAACCGGUAAAACUACGCGUUACCGCAGACGACUUGGCGUCAACUCCGCCACAAACCAUACCGCAAUUUUUCCACGAAAUAUGCCAAAAAUAUGCGAGCCUGCCCGCACUUUGCUAUGCCCACAAUGCAAGCAACAGCGGUGACGGUGCAAGUUCAAGAGCUGGGAGAACGGUUACCUACGCAGAAUAUGAGCAAAAUGCGGAGCAGGUUGCGCUCGCGCUAAUGCAUGUAGGCCUACGUCCGCGCACCGCGGUCGGCAUACUCGCCUUCAAUAGUCCGGAAUGGCUUUAUACCGAAAUGGGAGCUUUGCGCGCCGGUGGCAUUGUGACCGGCAUAUAUCUCACCAGUUCGCCGAAAGCAGUGCGUCAUGUGCUCGGAACGACAAAGGCGACCGUCUGUGUUGUGGACAAUGCCAAGCAGAUGGCAAAGGUACGCGAAGUCAAAGAAAGUUUGCCGCAUUUGCGCGCCGUUAUUCAGCUUUUUGGACCUUUUGAUGAGUUUGUGGGCGUCAAUGAGGGGUAUUAUCGUUGGGAUGACUUGAUUGCUAUGAAAUUCGAUGCCCAACUGAAAGCUGAACUAAUCAAGCGCGAACGAGAUCUGGCGGCUAAUGAAUGUGCCAUGCUAGUUUUCACCUCUGGAACCGUAGCAUUGCCAAAAGCAGUUAUGCUAUCGCAUGACAAUAUUCUGGCACAUUCGAAAUCUGCUACCUUUUACGGAGAUUUCGUGGAGGGCUGCGAUGUAAAAGUGAGCUUUUUGCCUUUGAGCCACAUCGCAGCUCAAAAUGUCGACGUCUUCAACAGCGCCAAUACUGGCACCUGCAUUUACUUUCCAGAUAGUGAUGCACUGCGCGGAAGUUUGCAGAAAACUUUGAUUAUAGCGCGUCCAACAAGAUUCUUUGCGGUACCACGAGUUUUAGAGAAGAUGCGAGAGCGUUUGCAGCAGCAGGAGGCAGAGUCAUGGUGGCUAACGCAAAGUGUUAUGAAGUACGCACGAUGGGCAAUGCUGAAAAGUUAUUUGGAUGCAGGAAGUGGAAAGCCGGAGUAUUCUAUUAAAUACUGGCUAGCCUCUUUUGUAACGCAUAAAAUUAAAGUUGCCUUAGGUCUCGAUCGUUGUAAAUUAAUAAUCGCCGGUGGCGCGCCUGUAUCAGCCGACCUUAAGACAUUUUUCAUUAGCAUAGAUCUACCGCUACUUGAGACUUAUGGUCUCUCCGAAGUUUCCGGUGGCUCUACGAUAACUUCAGAAGCACGUCAAAUUGAUGGAGCUGGAAAACCUUACCCAGGCUUAGAAGUAAAAAUCGAAAAGAUCGAUCAUGAAGGUCGAAGCGAGAUAUGCUUUCGUGGUCGCUACAUAUUUAUGGGUUAUUUGAACGAACCAGAAGAAACGAAGAAAGCAAUCGAUGCAGACGGCUGGUUUCACACGGGAGAUAGUGGUUAUCUAAACGAAUCUGGCGACAUUAUAAUAACCGGCCGCUUAAAGGAGCUAGUCGUUACAGCGGGUGGUGAGAAUAUACCACCGGUGUAUGUUGAAAACCUAAUAAAGAAAGAGUUGCCUUGUGUAAGCAAUGCAUUAUUAGUUGGCGAUAAACGAAAAUAUCUCACUAUACUCCUGACAAUCAAGACCGAUAUGGAUGUUAACACUGGAAGGCCCUUGGACACCUUACAGCCAAUUUCCAUUGAAUGGUUUAAAUCACUGGGCUUCAACUACACUCGUCUUUCAGAAGUCUUGCGUAUUCCUGCUCAAUUGGAAGACUUCGAUGUAGCAACAAUAGAAGUGCAUCCAGAACCAAAGGUGGUGGCCGAAAUACAGACGGGAAUCGAGCGUGCAAACGAAAACUCAUUAUCGAAUGCUCAGAAAGUGCAGAAGUUUGCGAUUUUGCCACAUGAUUUCUCAAUACUUACUGGUGAAUUGGGACCCACAUUGAAGGCUCGACGUAAUGUUAUUUUACAAAAGUAUGCCAAAGUGAUCGAGCGCCUUUAUGAAUAAAGUAAUAAUAAAUGGA